AGCACUCCAGAACCCCAAAAAGUUGAUGAAAGCACACCAAUAAUGCCACCAGCUCCAUCUAAAAUUGAUCUAGCCCCUGAAGCCACUGUUGCUGCACUAUUGAUGAUGGCCCAGACAGCGUCCUAUGUAUCUAGAGAAUUUCCAUUGUCAUCAUUCAGCCUUGGCUUGACUAAUUCAAGCCAAGAAGAAACACAGACCCAAGAGGGGAUGGGACAACCAGAAGCCCAGGUGGAAAAAAGUCCGGAAACCACAAUAUUAAUAGAAGAAUUAGAUGUGCUAGUGGAAAAGAUUGCAAAGAGUGGAGAAAAGACAACACCAGAUUUUUCAGAAGGUAAAAGUCUGCCAACUGAAAAGCAGACCGUAGGCUAGAUUUUUGACAAAUUUGAAACUCCUGCAAGGAGAAAUUUAAUGUCGGCCGAAAUGAAAGAAAAAUGCUACCUCUGGGCCACAUGUAUCAGGACAUACGCGGAUGAUAGUACUGAUGAGUAUGAUGCACUUUGCACACUGAAUGUCCAACAACUGUUGGUGUUGUCAAGAGUCCACUUUGCAUCUUUAAAAGCUACUUCACAUAUUAAAGCUGACAUUGUCACUGCCAUGUGCCUGAUCCUCAACCAACAAAAUAUUAAAAGAUUCCAGGAAGAAAUUUACUGUCUCCCACCUAAUAUUGUGAACAUGGCCAUUGAAAAUCAUCCAGAUGGGGAGUUCUUACAGCCGAAAUCCAAGAAGCCAUUUAAUGUCGAAGACUACCCAAUGUUUAUACCCUUUUUGAACCGGAAAAAAUUAGCAUCACAUCCAUAUGUGGAGGUCGACCACUUCAGAGUUGAAUUUGCUUCCCGAAUUCUUUUUCAUGACAUGAAUCGUGGCAGAGAUGCACCGAUCAAGGGAAGUGAAAGAAUGAGAUUGUCGAAGCCAUCUGCAGCUUUGUUAAGUCCAUAUUGUCAAGUAGACUCUUAUGAUAUUGACAGUGACAGUGAUUGA